AUGGCAGGAGCACCACCAUCACCAGCAGCAGCAGGAGGGGGCAGUGAGCCAUUUCUGUGGAGCCAUCCCGUAUCGUCAUACGCCCAAAAAGUCCGCAUCGCACUGCGCUACAAGAACAUCGCAUUUACCUUCCAAACACCGCGCGGCGGCGGGUCCGGCAUCCCAGCCGCGACGGACACAGAAUUCUCCUCCGGCAACCCACGGGUAGAGAUGCCGAUGCUGGUCGAUGGAGACGUCCGGAUCUUCGACUCGACGAUCAUCCUCGAGUACAUCGAGGACAAAUGGCCAGAGCCGGCGCUCUUGCCGGCAGCUCAAGCCGAUCCCGCGGGGCGGGCACGGGCGCGCAUGAUCGAGGACGUGUGCGACACGCAUUACGAGGCGAUUAAUUGGGGACUCGGGGAAGUCAACUCGUUUGGGCGUGCGGAGGGCCCAGCGGCGGAGAAGCUUGCUGCGCAGGCGGAGCAUCAGAUUGGGCAGGUGCAGAAGUGGUUGACGGAGCAACUGGGCGGGAAGGAGUGGUUUGGCGGGGAGCGGUUUGGCUGGGCGGACCUCACUGUUGCUGUGAUGGUGAAUAGGACGGCUUCGUAUGGGAUCCGGCCGGAGGCAGGGAGUGCGUUGGAGAAGUGGUUUUUGAGGGUUGGGGACGUGCCGGCCGUGAAGGAGACGUUGCAGGAGUGUAACGAUGUGUUGAAGACGCCUCCGCCAUACAAAGAUAUAUUGAAGCAGGGGUUGUUGCGGAGGCAGUACCGCGACCAUCGGCUCGAAUGGAUGAUUAAGUCGGGUGGGAUUGAUGUUGUGUUGGAUGGGAUGGAGAAGAACAACAUUCGCUUCCCAUGGCCUGAUCCUCUGGGAUAA